AUGGGCGACGACGGCGCGAAGGCGGCGGCGACGGGCAUCAAGCAGAUCGUGCGGCUGCGAGAGCUGCUGCACAAGUGGCAUUUCAUGGCGCUGGGCGCGAAGCAGCAACAGCGUGAGGACGACGGGGACGAGGAGGAGGAGGAGGGCCAUGCCGGCGGCUGCGGCGUGCCGGCGCAGGAGGCGGUGGCGUCGGCGUCGGCGAUCCCGCCGUUCGUGCUGCGGCGGCUGCGGCGCACGGAGACGGCGGACUCGGUGUUGUUGUCGGACGACGAGAGCUGCCACAGCCCGGAGCCGCCGCCGGACGUCCCGCGAGGGUACUGCCCCGUGUACGUCGGGCCCGAGCAGCGGCGGUUCGUGAUCCCGACCAGCUACCUGGCGCACCCCGUGUUCCGGCUCCUGCUGGAGAAGGCCGAGGAGGAGUUCGGGUUCCGGCACCAAGGCGCGCUCGCCAUCCCCUGCGAGACCGAGGCCUUCAAGUACAUCCUCCAGUGCGUCGAGCGCCACGACAAGGGCCUCGCCGCCGGUGGCGGCGGCGACGAAGCAGCGAACCACGCGGCCAUCGUGCUGGAGCAAGAACCAGCGAUGCAUCAUGCUUAA